GUUAGACUACAAUCUAGGAUAACCAAUGAUGUGUGGAAAACAUAUGCAUUAAUGUACCCAGCCACAUAUGCAAUUAUUAGUCAUCUUUUAUCUAACGCCUGAAGGAGGGAACAUCGUAAAAUACACAGUAUGCUCUUUUAGUUUCCAAACUCACUGACUGGUGAAACAUUGCCACUAUGGGAUUUAACUGUUGGAAAACUUGUUGAGCAUUAAGGUGAAGAAGAGUGUUGUUACCAAGCUGAAAAAUGGUGAUUCCUGAAUAUUUUCAUAUAUUGUGAAGCAGCAUUUGUCCAAUUACCAUUGAAAUGAUCCAGGUUAUUCCAACAUUAUUGAUUGGAAAAUACAUGACAACACAAAAGUAUUAACAAAACAUGGAUAUAGCACAGAAAACUUACUUGGAACAUUACUUCAGAAAUGUCUCCAGCAAUACAUCUAACCAGGAAACCUCAUAUGGCUCAAUCGAUAAUCUCAUUGCAACAUCAGUUAUUGGCAUAUUAUUGUCUUUAAUGUGUAUUGCUGGUGUAAUAGGAAACCUCUAUAUAUUAGUGGUAAUGUGCAAGUCCUUGAAUACGAUCACGUCAAUGUAUAUCCACAUAGUAAACUUGGCAUUGGCUGAUCUGUUGUACCUGUCAACCAUUCCAUUUAUUGUGCAUAAUAGUUUUGUAAAGGACUGGUACUUUGGAGAAAUUGGCUGCCAACUUGUUUUAAGCCUAGAUCUUUUGACAAUGCACUCCAGCAUCUUUAGCUUAACUGUUAUGAGCACAGAGAGAUAUAUGGCUGUGACAAAACCUCUUGACACUGUUAGAAGAUCAAGGGCAUACCGCAAAAGUCUUGCUUGUGCAAUUUGGGUUCUUUCCAUUAUUUUAACAGUUCCAAUGAUGCUAAUGAUUCAUCAAGAACAAAGGGCAUUGGAGAAUGGGAGCAUCAGGAAGCUAUGCACUCCCAUUUGGAGUGAUGAACAAUACAAAGUUUACCUCACUGUGUUGUUUAGUACCAGCAUCUUAGCCCCAGGACUCAUCAUUGGUUAUUUAUACAUCAGAAUGGCUAGAGCCUAUUGGCUAUCCCAAACAAAAACCUUUCUUAAUAAGGAACUUCAACGCUCCCCAAAACAAAGAGUCAUACUGAUGAUCCUAAUUAUUGUGCUUGCAUUUUGGGCUUGCUUUCUUCCUUUCUGGAUCUGGCAGCUGAUACCUCUCUAUAGUAAUGAUGACUUUAGGUUUUCUGCACAAACAGAGAUUUAUAUUAACCAUCUUGUCACUUGUCUGGCCUAUAGCAACAGCUGCAUCAAUCCCUUCCUCUAUACACUACUAACCCGAAACUACAAGGACUACCUUCGGAACAGGCAGAGGGGAGGACAUGGGUCUAUAGAUCUGAAGUAUGGAGUUGCAUCACCUGUAAACCCUACAAGUGCAUUGUCAAAUGGAAACCAGCACUGCAUGAAGGCCAUUGUGAUUAGAAAUACAAAAGAUGCAAGUAUUAUCAUUAGAUAAUGCUUUCUUGUUUUUCC